GGAUUUGAAGGGAUUUGAAGGGUGGACUGCUCAUUGGGUAAGGAAUUGAAGGGGACAGUCCUGGGUGUGGUGCACUGCAGUGUCUUUAUCAGUCACAUAAAUGGUGGCAUUCAGUGCACUCUCGGCAAGUUUGCCGAUGGCACCACACAGCUUUGGCAGAAGGCUUGGAUCCAGUGGUCUGCAGAGGUCCCUUCCAACCCCAGAGAUUCUGUGAUAGUGUGAGAAGGGAGCCAUGGAGAUGCUGACAUGUGGGGGGCUGCAGGAGGGCGUGUGGGGUCUCCAUGGCAACUACCAGGACUUUGUGAUGCACGGGCAGCCGCACACAAAGGCCAUUGUGACAUGGUGGUGUCCUGGUGCCUUUAGGAACCAGAGUCCCAGUGCUGCUCACUCUCAGGCGAGUAGCUCCGUGAGGAGGUAGCUUCCCUGGGUGCUUGUAGCUUUGUCUCCGUGAGCGGAUACAGAGAUGGCGAAGGAGCAGGACCAGAAGGCCCACUCCCAGGCCGAGAAAGGACUGCCGAGCGUGCGGGAACAGCGCCAGGUGGGCCGCAGGCCGCAGCAAGCUGUGCUGCCAGGCAGACAGAGCCAGGAUUUGGCUGUCCGUGGGAUCCAACUGCCACCACUGCCCCACCCAGCACAAGCCUCUGGGAGCCGCCGUGCACAGGCGGACAGAAUGGAAGGGAGACGGCCUCUGCCAGCCUUGCCACCUCUCCCACGGCGGGCGCAGUCACUGCCAGCUGCGCCCCGGAAUGCAGCCACUGCUCGGGGACGAGUUCACGCAUUCUCACUGCCAGCAAUAGCUUUCGGGAGUAUCCCAAGAGGCAGAGCUGCCCCUGGUCUUCAGUACCAGGACAUGGCAGCAAGGGUUGAGGGCUGGCAGGAAGAUCUGUCUGUCCGUGCAAUCCCCCUCAAGCCUGCAGAGAGGACACCCAAGUCCCUCAGGUUGGCAUACUGGGUGCGUCUGGGAGCCACACGACCAGGACCCUGGCUGAAGCGAACACGGCCUGGGCGAUGUGCACCCACCAGCACUGUAAGAACACCGGCACGAAGAACCCAGGUGCUGGCCCCCAAGGCUGGGAAAGUCACCUGA